GAUCUCUUGUUUUGAGGUUCAGAGGUUAUUUACCGUCCUCGUGUUGUCAGUGGAUGAGAGCACGCACACUGUAAACUUUUACUAAAGAGGAUCGUUAAAAACAGUGGGAAGAACCGUGUUCACGAAAGGGUGAUCCAACUGUCUUGACAUGGCUCUGGAUUUCAAACCUGGAGAUCUAAUCUUUGCUAAGAUGAAGGGUUAUCCCCACUGGCCCGCAAGGAUUGAUGAGAUUCCAGAUGGAGCUGUCAAGCCGUCUAAUGUUAAGUUUCCCAUCUUCUUCUUUGGCACUCAUGAAACGGCAUUCUUGGGUCCAAAAGACAUCUUCCCCUACUUGCCUAACAAAGAUAAGUAUGGCAAACCUAACAAAAGGAAAGGCUUCAAUGAAGGCUUGUGGGAGAUUGAGAAUAACCCUAAAGUGGAGCUUGAUGGACAUAAGGUAAUGGAUGUUAAAGCAGGUUCGGAUAAGGAUUCAAGCAGCAAUCAAAAGGGGGAUGAUGAGAACACCAAGGAGAAGAGGAGAAAGUCAGCAGAAGUGGCUGGCAUUGAUGAGGAGGAGGAGGAUGGUGGUGGUGACAUUGAUGUUUCUGAUCAGGUUCAUUUGACAGAGGAAUCUGUUGUUCUUGGUCCACAGGACCCAUUACAGAAAGAUGGCACAGAUGUCUCUGCCAAAGCUAAAAGAGGAAGGAAGAAGAAGGUUGAAGCUGAGCAAGACUCGGAUACUGAAAACACAAGCCCCACUUCGGGCCAUCCAGGUGGACCUCCGUUACUAAAGCGCAGAGGAAGGAAACCUAAAAUUGAGAAACUGCUACUGCUGCAGCAACCUGCUUCAAAGGAGCCAUUGGGGGGCAUAGCUGAUAUUGAGGACAAAACCAAAGCAUCAGGGGAAGAAGAGAGCAAGAAGACAGACAGGAAAAAGAGGAAGGAUGAGAGCAAAGAUGGAAAAAAGGAAGCAGAAAGAAAGAGAAAGAGGCAAAGCAGAGGGGAGAGCUCUUCAGACACAGAAGACGAAAGGAAACAGAGUGGAUUUGGGAGGAAGCAGAUCCCACUGGAGCACUCUGUAGACACAGACCAAGAGGAGCAUGCUAGCAAACCAGACCAACAGAAAGAGUUAGGAAAAGGUGAAAAGAGAGAUAACAGGAAAAGUAACAAGAGAAAGGAAGUUUCAACCGAAUCAAGACUCCUGAAGUUACAUGGGGAGAUUAAAACAUCUUUGAAGAUUGAUAACCCUGAUGUGAAAAAGUGUCUAGGUGUGCUCGAUGAGCUGAGCUCACUGCAGGUCACGACUCAACAUCUUCAGAGGCACUGUGAACUCAUAGCCACGCUUAAGAAGAUCCGCAAGUUCAAGGCCAGCCAGGAUGUAAUGGACAAAGCCUCAAUGCUAUAUAAUAAGUUUAAGAGCAUGUUUCUGAUGGGAGAGGGGGAGUCAGUGCUCAGUCAAGUGCUAAAUAAAAGUCUGGCUGAACAGAGACAGUUCGAAGAGGCCAAGAAAGGAGUUCUGAAAAAAAACGAACAAACCAAAGAGCAGAGUGAUAGCAAGGUUAUGGAUGGAGACUCCAACCCUGAGGAGAAUGACACCGAGAUGGAGAGGGAGAAAUCAAGAGAGGAUUCCUCAUCUCUGGAGAAAAACAAUGUGACUAAUACUGUGGAGUCUGGCUAAAGUUUGAAGACUUUGUUCACUGAAGAGCCACCGGUCUCAUCUGCUCAGUAGAAGAUCAUGUGCUCCUUUAAAUGCGGCUUGCACAGCCAUGUUUUUUUUUUCUUCUGUAAUCAAACAUGCAUUCCCAUGUUGAAGUUGUUUUUUAAACAAAAAAGCAGUUUUCAGCUAAAGUAUGUUUAGUCCAGAAAACUCUUUUGAAACCACCCAUGUCUGUGCCAAUAUAACUAUGAUUAACCAUUUAUAAACAGAAAUGUAGAAAUUACCAGACUUACACUUACUGGACAGACAUCAAAAGCGCAAUCUUAGAAAUGUUAGUGAGACUAAACAAUUGCAGCCUCUAAUAGGCUAGUAACAGUCUUUAUUAUACCUGCUUGAGUUAGCAACUUACAUUAGUGAUUUAUUCUCAAAAUAUCUUUGUGACAUUUACAGUAGCGUAGAUGUGUAUUUUUUUAUUUUUUUAUUAGUUUUAUCUUUGUUCUGCUGCUACAUCUGUAAUUAUUUUGUGUUAACUUUGAUACAGACAAGUUUAGGUGAUACUCACUCAUGUAUGUGUUACAGCUUUCGUGCUGUAAUAAUGCUGUCAUAAUCCCUGCUUUGGCAAUAUUAAUAAAGUAGUGUUUACCUUAAAAAGAGAGACCACGCCCAAUAUAAAUUUUGCUUACCCAUUUGCUCCAACAUCAAAAGAAAAAUGCCACUAUUAAGUUUCCACUACUUUGCAAAUGAAGAAAAAAAUUGUGAGCGAUGGAUAAAGACAGUCAGAAAAGAGAAGAUGCCAAAUUUACUAUCACUCUCUUAUCAGCUGUAUUAGAAACGUCAUUGCAUGUGUUUUUUUUUUUAAAUGAAUUCCAGGGUAAUACAAAUUAUAAUUAAUUAAUAAUAAUUGAAAAAUUGCAAAUAUAUAUAUAUAUAUAUAUAUAUAUAUAUAUAUAUAAAGAUCGAUUUAUGCCGCUAAAAAAGGCAGAAACGCAUCAUUACAGUCUGAAAAGGGUCAAUUUCUUUUAUCUAUGAUAUGUGUAAUACAAAUCAUGUAGUCAUUGAAUAGAUUAAGUUAUAUAAUUUUUCAGUAUGACAGUAAGGCAUAAUUGUUGGUAAUUAUACAUUUUAAAUGCCAAGGCUUUAGAUUAAGAGUCUUUGUAGUCCAUCCAAAAAUCAGUGGAGAGAUGCAGGCAGGGGCCAGUGAAGUGUAUUUUGCUGCUGGGCUAGAAAGCAAUUGAGCAAUUAUCAAGUCAUUAUUAAGAUAUUUUAUAAUAUCAAUUGGUUAUAAAGUGAGCACAAUAAAACCACACUGUCAU